CUGCAGAACACGUUUAGUUAUCAAUUUGAAAAAAGAAUGUGUAAUUGUUGGUCAAAUAGUUUUAAAAAUGUACUAAUGGUCACCUCUUACGCAAGAAACAAAUUCGCACAAUUUUUAUUAUACAAAAUAGCUUAAGCUGUUAUAUGAUCAUGAAGACUUUGGCGUGUUCUCUUUUCGUUUUUGCGUUCGUGCUUGGAUUUGCUCACGGGGAAUAUGGCUGUUCAAGAGAUGAAGAGUGCGAAUGGAUGGACAAGUACGUGCAUCUGGCCGAAGAUGUUGGACACAAGUGCUGCUCCGACGACAAGUGCCGAGAAAUAUGUUCCAAGGAUAUUCUGAUGUUUGUUCUCUUUUUCCUCAUCAUUCCCAUCGUGGGCUGUCUUCUCAUUGCAACUUUUGUUGGUCUCAUUGUGUGCUGUGUGCUCAAAAACCAAAAAAGUAAGAAUACUUCAAGCGGAAAGUAUCGAGCUGGUGGACCUCCCCCUACCCUCAGCCAGAGCCCCAAAGAAGCCACGUCUCCGCCUGCACGACAAAUGUCCCAACCUCCCCCUUAUGAGAGUGGUGCGAGUGAGAGGCACUCGGCGGAGUCCACGAGCAACCCCGGAGCUUGAAAGGGGAGAAAAACUCAACGGGGUUUGAAAUAACCGAUUCCCAGAAGAUUGAAAAAAAAAAAUUGCAAAAUAUAUCGAAACAGGUUUCUACAGACAACGAAGUAGAAAAAAAUCUGUUUUGAAACAUGCUGAGCUCUUUUAAUUAGUUUAAACUAGAUUUCUACUCAUUGUUAAUAAAUUAUUUAAGAUUUGA